AUGGCAACCCAGAGCUAUACAUCACUGCAAGAUUUGAUUCGAGAAGACUUUUUGACUUGCAGAAUCUGCUAUGACCUAUACGUGGUGCCCAAAAUCCUACCAUGUCUGCAUAGUUACUGCCAGAAAUGCCUGGAACCAUUGGUGGAAAAUGGGAUUGUGCAGUGUCCUGAGUGUCGCUUACAAACUGAGGUCCCAGGAGGUGCCACUGGCUUGAAGUCCAACUUCUUCAUCAAUGGUCUGCUGGAGCUGUUCCAGAUGAAGCACAACAAGGACCUAGAGUGCUCAAUCUGCUCUAAUGCUCAGAAGGUUGUGGCUGCUACUGCCCGUUGCCUGGACUGCAAGGAUUUUCUGUGUCAAAUGUGUUCUCAGGGCCAUUGCUGCUCCCGACUCACGCUGCAUCAUAAGGUGGUGAACCUGGAAGAGUUUCUGGCUGGGCAUUAUGACACUGAAGUGAGAUUCUUGCAAGAGCUGUGCUGCCAAGAUCACCCACAGGAGGCACUUCGCUUCUUCUGUGACACCUGCAGUGUACCCAUCUGCAGAGAUUGCCGCAUGCUGGACCAUUUCCAGCACAAAGUGGUCUCCAUGGCCAAUGCUGUGCAGCGGGAAAAGCCCUCUGUGGAGCAGCUGAUCAAAAGCCUAGAGGGAACUAUUACCUGCAUCUCUGAGCAAGAGAAGGUGGUUGAGGAGGCAGUGAACAAACUGAAAGCGAAGGGAGAACUGAUCAAGAACACAAUCUGCAACUAUGUGGAAGAUGUCACUGCUUAUAUCUUUGCCCAGAAGGAGGAUGCUCUGGCACAGCUAAAUGUCUUCCUGACUCAACAAAUGGAGGGGCUUAGUGUAGCACAAAAGGAGCUAAUGAUCAGGAACAGGGUUCAAGAGCUUCAAGCACAUAGGUUGCAGCAACUCCCAAACCAGACCCCAGAGCUGGCUAUUGCUUGGGACGAUCCAGAGCAGCUCUCUGAAGCACCACUUUUCAGUUUUGUGUUUCCUCAGGAGCAACCAGGAAGAGAUGUACAACGUUUGGAGCUAGGCAGUGAGUCAUUCACUUCUCUUGAUGAGAGCGAUGAGGUCACAGACUCUCUUUCUGACUCUGAUGACAACUCCUGCAUGAGUGUGUCUGACUCCCCCACUAAAAGCUCCUCCUCUUACAGUAGUUUCCGGGUAAGAGCAGAAUAUACUUAUAGCUUUGAACCGGAUCCAUCCUUUUCUGCCCUGGAAAAACCCAAUAUCACUGGGAUUGCUAUUGUGCCCCACACUGGCCAAAUUCUUCUUUUGGAUCAGGCAAAUGAUGAGAUAAAGCAAUAUAGCCCUACUGGUCAAUUCCAGCAAGUGAUUCAUUUGCCUGGUCACCUUUCUGACUCUGUUUUUUGUGGAAUCUCUGUGUGUGGAACGACCCUGGCCUGUUCAUCAGACACUCACCUUUUUUUCUUGACUCUCGAAGGUGUAUUUCUCCGUAAAUUGCAGAUGAGGGGAUCGGAGUCCUCCUACGCUCUGGCCUCAUACCAGAGCUCAUACGUGGCUGUUAGUGAGGGGACUCUCUGUUCCAUCUCUUUGUAUAGCCCUUCAGCCUUUUGUGUUGGCAGAGUCCAGCCAGAUAAUUACCAAGGAGGGAAAUUUUUGUUCAUUGCAGUUAAUAGCUGGGAAGAGUUUAUUGUUUCAGACUUCAUCAAGAAGCAGAUUGUCAUCAUGAAGAAAUCUGGGCUGAUUCUCAGUAUACUGAAGCCUUCAACCUCAGUGAUGAUGAGGCCAUUCAGUGUCUGUGUUGAUGAGACCAGGAAUGUUUUUGUGAUCGAUCAGUUCAAGGUGAUACAGUUCUCACCAGAUGAUGAGACUGGGAAGGUGGUGCUGAAUGACCAGAGUCAGGUGAGGAGACCCAGGGUGCUUGCUGUCAAUGGUGAGAACCUCAUUUUGGUGCGGGAAGAUGGAAGAACUGAUGUCUAUUCCCUAUAGUUUUCUUUUUCAGAGUAUGAACCAAGUGCUUAAAUAUGCCACUUCUGACCUAUCCUUUUGGUGAGAUGCAUGGGGAGUCCUACACUGUUCACUAAAUAUUGGGAUGGGUUCAGCCUUUACUAAAACCAAAACAGUUGGCUGGAUCAGAAUCCGGGUAAGAAGCAUUGUUGUACUUGUAUGACCUGUACAUUGCUGCAGCCUUUCUGCUAUGUGGGAUAUCUGUGAAUACCUGACCUGGGAACAACAUUUGUUGAACAAGGUCUUUCACUGUGCCUUUGAACUAUGUUUUGCAUUCACAGAACAGCUCUGAUCUUGUCUCUGUCCUGACCACUAUUACUUGCUGCAUCAGUCUGUCUCUCCAAGCAGAUAUGCACCGCUUCAUCCCUUGA